AAACCUUCUUCUACUUCAACCGGUCAUGGAGAAGCCACAGGAGGAUGCGCAGAAGUGGGUGGGCGACUCCUCUGUGGAUCACAAGGGCAGGGUUCCUCGCAGAGCCUCCACUGGGUGUUGGAAGGCUUCCCUUUUCAUUAUAGUGAUCGAGUUCAGCGAGAGGCUGAGCUACUUCGGACUGGCCACCAACCUCAUCAUAUACCUCACCAAGGUACUGCACGAAGAGGUGAAGACGGCGGCCAAGAACGUCAACUACUGGAGCGGCGUCACCACCAUGAUGCCCCUCGUCGGCGGCUUCGUCGCCGACGGCUACCUGGGGAGGUUCUCCACCGUUGUCAUCUCCUCCCUCAUCUAUAUCGCGGGUCUCGUUUUGUUGAUGGUGUCGGAGCUGGUCCCGCGGCUGAAGCCAUGCGACCCCAGCAUCUGCGGCAGAUCACUGCGCCUCCACGAGGUUAUCUUCUUCCUGGCCAUGUACUUGAUCUCCGUGGGCACGGGCGGCCACAAGCCGUCGCUCGAGAGCUUCGGCGCCGACCAGUUCGACGACAACCACGACGAGGAGCGGAAGAAGAAGAUGUCCUACUUCAACUGGUGGAACUUCGCCCUUUGCAGCGGGCUGAUGCUUGGGGUCACCAUGGUCGUCUACGUCCAGGACGCCGUCGGCUGGUGGCUGGCGGACGUGGUGCUCACUGCCGUCAUGUGCUUCAGCCUGGUGGUCUUCGUCGUGGGCAGUCCAUUCUACCGCUACCGAGCGCCCGAGGGAAGCCCUUUCAAGCCCAUGCUACAGGUUGUGGUGGCGGCCGCGGCCAAGAGACACCUUCCUCUUCCUUCGGACGCAGGCGAACUCUAUGAGGUUCCCAAAACACAGAAGAGCGAUAAGAGGCUUCUCUGCCAUACUAAUCAGCUAAGAUUCCUCGACAGAGCUGCCAUUGUGGAGCACAAAUACGACGAAGCAGCCUUCGCCGCCGAGAAGCACAACUCGUGGCGGCUGGCUACCGUGACCCAGGUGGAGGAACUGAAGCUAAUACUAUCCAUGGUGCCCAUAUGGCUAGCCGCACUGCCCUUCGGCAUCUGCGUGGCGCAAGCUAAUACCUUCUUCAUCAAGCAAGGAAGCGUCAUGGAUAGGCAGGUGACCAACAGCUUCAAGAUCCCUCCGGCCUCCGUAUACUCCCUCAGUGCCAUCGGCAUGAUCGUCUCGGUCACCUUCUACGACAAACUCCUGGUGCCCUUCCUGAGGAAAGCCACGGGGAACGAGAGGGGCAUCAGCAUCCUCAAAAGGAUUGGAAUCGGCAUGGCGAUCACAACAGUGGCCAUGAUCUCUGCCGCCUUGGUCGAAAGAAAGAGGCUUAGGGUGGCCGUGACAGAACAAACCAGCGUGGUCUCCAUGAGUGUGUUCUGGCUGUUGCCUCAGUUCGUGAUCAUGGGAAUAGGAGACGGGUUCGCACUAGUUGGAUUGCAAGAGUACUUCUACGAUCAAGUUCCCGACGGCAUGAGGAGUCUCGGUAUCGCCUUCUACCUGAGUGUACUGGGAGCCGCCAACUUCCUCAGCAGUCUCCUGAUCACCAUCGUCGAUCAUAUAACUUCAAGGGAAGGAAAGGGAAGUUGGUUUGCCAAGGAUCUGAACAAGAGUCGACUGGACCUCUACUACUGGUUGAUAGCCACCAUAAGUGCUGUGAACCUCUGUGGCUACGUGUACUUGGCAAGAAGGUACUCUUACAAGAAGGUGCAGAGAAAGGUGGCGGUCGCUGAUUCCCCUCGGGCUGACGUCUGAACCAGCCAUCACCAGUGGCAUUUGCUUUAUCCCUACGUAGAAACACGAGCUGUGACUGUCAUGCAUUCUUCUGAUAGAUAGAUAUUAGUAUAUCAUGUUAUAUAAAGCUACUGUUUUAUCAUUA